AGGGAAAAGAAGCCUGCGCCCUUUUCCUUCCUUCGGGAACGUUUCUUUCUAAGAGCCGUUACGUCACCUCGGGCUGCGCGGCUCCUUCUGUCUUUCCGUGUCGUGUGCGUGUCUGGUUUCCUUUCACCUCUCCUUCCCUUUCCCCUGUUUUCAACAUGGCGGCGUCGGCUGGAGACGAGCAGUUCCCGUUCCAAGGGCUUCUGCCCAAGAAGGAAACCGGAGCUACCUCCUUCCUUUCCCGGUACCCGGAAUAUGAUGGACGGGGAGUUCUCUUGGCCAUUUUAGACACGGGUGUGGAUCCCGGCGCGCCGGGCAUGCAGAUCACAACUGAUGGAAAACCCAAAAUAGUUGACAUAAUUGAUACAACUGGCAGUGGGGAUGUAAAUACUUCAACUGUUACAGAACCAAAAGAUGGAGAAAUUACUGGUCUUUCAGGAAGAAUUUUAAAGAUACCAACUAACUGGAUAAAUCCUUCAGGAAAAUAUCACAUUGGCUUAAAAAAUGGUUAUGAUUUCUAUCCUAAAGCUCUUAAAGAGAGAAUACAGAAAGAACGCAAGGAAAAACUUUGGGAUCCUGUCCACAGAUUAGCACUAGCAGAAGCCUGUAGGAAACAAGAAGAAUUUGAAGCUGCUCAAACUUCUCCAUCACAGGAAAACAAAUUAAUGAAGGAAGAGCUUCAGAGUCAAGUGGAAUUGCUAAACUCUUUUGAGAAAAAAUAUAAUGAUCCUGGCCCUGUUUAUGACUGCUUGGUGUGGCACGAUGGUGAAACUUGGAGAGCUUGCUUAGAUUCCAAUGAAACUGGUGACCUUUCUAAUUGUACCGUUCUACGGAACUACAGAGAAGGUCAAGAAUAUGGAUCUUUUGGAACAUCAGAAAUGUUAAAUUACUCUGUCAAUAUUUAUGAUGAAGGCAAUUUGCUUUCAAUUGUGACAAGUGGAGGUGCACACGGAACACAUGUUGCUAGUAUAGCUGCUGGGUAUUUUCCUGACCAGCCAGAUAGAAAUGGUAUAGCCCCUGGUGCACAAAUACUUGCUAUUAAGAUUGGUGAUACAAGAUUAAGCACUAUGGAAACCGGGACUGGUCUUAUCAGAGCAAUGAUAGAAACAAUAAAAUAUAAAUGUGACCUUGUCAACUACAGUUAUGGGGAGGCAACUCACUGGCCAAAUGCUGGGAGAAUGUGUGAAGUUAUUAAUGAAGCAGUAUGGAAACACAAUGUAAUUUAUGUUUCAAGUGCUGGGAACAAUGGUCCCUGUUUGUCUACUGUUGGAUGCCCAGGGGGGACAACAUCUAGUGUGAUCGGUGUUGGUGCUUAUGUAUCACCUGAUAUGAUGGUUGCUGAGUACUCAUUACGAGAGAAAUUACCUGCAAAUCAGUAUACAUGGUCAUCUCGAGGACCAAGUACUGAUGGAGCACUGGGAGUGAGUAUCAGCGCACCUGGUGGUGCUAUUGCCUCUGUCCCUAAUUGGACAUUACGUGGUACACAACUCAUGAAUGGCACAUCCAUGUCUUCACCUAAUGCUUGUGGUGGCAUUGCUUUAAUACUCUCAGGACUCAAAGCUAAUGAUAUACAUUAUACUGUUCACUCAGUCAAAAGAGCAUUAGAAAAUACAGCAGUGAAGGUGGAAAAUACACAUAUGUUUGCUCAAGGUCAUGGUAUUAUUCAGGUUGAUAAAGCCUAUGACUACCUCAUUCAGAAUAAAUCAUUUGUUAGCAACAUAGGCUUUACUAUUACUGUUGGUUACAAACGUGGAAUCUACCUCAGAGAGCCUGUUCAAGUAGCUGCACCUUCAGACCAUGGUGUUGGAAUAGAACCUUUCUUUCCAGAAAAUACAGGUAGAAAAAAUAAUGAGAGGAUAUCGCUGCAGCUUCAUUUAGCUCUAACAUCAAACGCUUCCUGGGUUCAGUGUCCUACUCACUUGGAGCUCAUGAAUCAGUGUAGACAUAUUAAUGUCCGUGUGGAUCCACGUGGCCUACGAGAAGGAGUUCAUUAUACGGAGGUGUGUGGUUACGAAAUAACAAUGCCCAAUGCAGGACCUUUGUUCAGAGUUCCGAUAACUGUUGUUAUACCAACAAGGACAGAUGAAGCCUCACACUUUGAUCUCAAAUUUACUGAUGUUCAUUUUAAACCUGGACAAAUUCAGAGACACUUCAUUGAAGUUCCAUCUGGAGCCACCUGGGCUGAAGUCACAGUCUGUUCAUCAUCAUCUGAUGUAACUGCCAAGUUUAUUCUCCAUGCAAUUCAGUUAGUAAAGCAAAAGGCAUACCGAAACCAUGAGUUCUACAAGUUCUCUUCAAUACCAGAAAAAGGAUCAGUCACCGAAGCAUUUCCAGUAUUAGGGGGAAGAACAAUUGAAUUGUGUAUUGCCCGAUGGUGGGCAAGCCUCAGUGAUGUCAGUAUUGAUUAUUCCAUUUCUUUCCAUGGCAUAGUUUGCACUACAUCUCAGUUGAACAUUCAUGCUUCAGAAGGCAUAGUGCGUUUUGAUGUUCAGGCAACACUGAAAUACGAAGAUAUUUCACCUUCCAUAAAUCUCAAAUGCUGGGUUCAAACACUAAGACCACUGAGUGCUAAAAUAAAGCCUUUAGGAUCCCGAGACGUAUUGCCAAAUAAUCGACAAUUGUAUGAGAUGGUUUUGACAUACAAUUUUCAUCAACCCAAAAGUGGAGAAGUAACUCCAAGUUGCCCCUUGCUUUGUGAACUCUUAUAUGAAUCAGAAUUUGACAGUCAAUUAUGGAUUGUCUUUGACCAGAAUAAAAAACUAAUGGGAUCAGGUGAUGCUUAUCCUAACCAGUAUUCCCUGAAACUGGAUAAAGGAGAUUAUACCGUGCGGCUACAGAUCCGUCAUGAGCAGAGCAGUGAGCUGGAUCGCAUCAAAGACCUUCCAUUUAUUGUCUCUCACAGACUGUCUAGUGCACUGAGUUUAGAUAUAUAUGAUACCCACAGUCAGGCUCUCUUAGGGAAGAAGAAAGCAAACAGUAUAUCUCUGCCACCAAACUACACUCUGCCGUUCUUUGUUACAUCUUUGCCAGAUGACAAAGUACCUAAAGGAACAAGUCCUGGAUGCUAUCUUGCAGGAUCAUUGACACUUUCAAAGACUGAACUUGGAAAGAAAGCAGGGCAGCCUUCAGCAAAGCGACAAGGAAAGGUUAAAAAGGAUGUAAUUUCAGUUCAUUAUCAUUUGAUCCCAGCCCCAACAAAAAACAAGAAUGGAAGCAAGGAUAAAGAGAAGGAUUCAGAAAAAGAUCUAAAGGAUGAAUUUGCGGAAGCUUUAAGAGAUUUAAAGAUACAGUGGAUGACAAAGUUUGAUACCAGUGAGAUAUACAAUGAACUGAAAGAGACCUUCCCUAACCAUCUGCCCUUAUAUGUUGCAAGACUUCAUCAGCUGGAUUCUGAACAGGAGCGAAUGAAAUGUUUAAAUGAAAUAAUUGAAGCUUCUAAUACAGUGAUCUCUCAUAUCGAUCAAACCGCCCUUGCUAUUUAUCUUGCUAUGAAGACAGAUCCCAGGCCUGAUGCCGCUACUAUAAAAAAUGAGAUGGAAAAGCAGAAAUCUACUUUAGUAGAUGCUCUUUGUCGGAAAGGAUGUGCAUUAUCAGAUCAACUUCUGCAGUUACAGGCCCAGGAAGGGGCUGCAUCAAAUGACACUGAAUGUAAAGAUGAUAGCCAAGAAGCCAUCUUGAAUACUCUGACAGAGACUUUCUGGGAAACUUCAAAAUGGACUGACCUGUCUGAUAGCAAGGUUUUGCUCUUUGCUUAUAAGCAUGCACUGGUAAACAAAAUGUACGGCAGAAGUCUCAAAUUUGCAAAUAAACUUGCAGAGGAGAAACCCACCAAAGACAACUUGAAAAACUGUAUACAGCUAAUGAGGCUACUUGGAUGGACUCACUGUGCGUCUUUUAGUGAAAACUGGCUUCCUGUGAUGUUCCCACCCGAUUAUUGUGUGUUUUAAAAUACUGCAGUUGUGAAUUCGAGAUGUUCUUUAUAUUGACAAUAUAAAAUCUGUGAACUUACUGGAUUGCAUGUUUUCAUCUAUUACUGAAUGCUUCACUUGUAUGUAUUAAUCAGAGAAUAAGGGGCUGCAGUAUAUUUGUGUAGUUUGGAUCCAGACAUGAAGAAGUCUAUUUAAACUGAAUUCUUAGUUCCUUGAGUAGUUCAUUUGCUUCAGAAGUGAAAAUUUAAACACAAAACCUAUUGCAUACAUCACAUUGCUGGCAAUGGAUGUUUGAGAACAGCCAGCACCAAAGUUUAGAAAAUGGAAAUGGAAUAGCUUCUUGCAUGUGUAUGUGGAUCUUAACUGUAAUUUUAAUCAUAAGGCUAUACAAGCUGUUAUUUUUACAAUGAGCAGGAUUUUAACAUGUUUAAACAUAAAUUUUCAAUUGUAUGAAGGCCUUAAAUGAAGCUACAACAAAGGUAGCUAAAAACUUAUUUAUUAGAUUUAAUAAUAACAGAACUUAAUUACCAGUAUCAUUUGCAAGAGUUUACAUUUUAUUAUUUUUUUUUUUAAGAAUAACUUCCACACUCACUAACGAUGUAUUCUGAAUUACUAUUGCAAAGGUGCUCUGGAUAUCUUCAGUUUGGAGAUACUCACAAAUAUCCACAUGAUACAGAGUAUCGGUAAAAAAUCGAUACAUGUAUAAAGUGUCAGUUAAUACUUAAUCAGGUAUUGUAAAACUUAUACAUAUAUGUUAAUAAUGUUUGAAAAACAAAACUGCAGAAUAAAUGUGCAGAUUUAAAUAUCAAAGGUUUAAGUACUCAUGGUUUAAUUUUUUAAAAAUAAAAACAUUGAACAAA